GCACUUUUAAGGACUUGGACAGGUGAAAAUAUGGGGUGCUGCAGCUCGACAAGCACCGCGGUGAUCCGACCGUUCACCCCGGAAAAACUCCAGGGAGACGAGGAUGAAACAGGAAGUAAACACAGUAGUCGUGGAGACUCGGCCGUGUCCAAGAGCACCACAGACAGUGGAGUGGUCAUGGAGAACAGAGAGGUCCCCACGCUCCCAGGGGCCGUCCCACGAAAUCUGCCCCCUCUCACAUCAGCUGCAGUCAGUCCUCCCUUGCUAAGAUGGGACAGUCAAACUCAUGAGCAUCAGAAGUCCAGUGAGAUCCUGGAGGAGCUGUUAACCCAAGGCAUCAUCCCCGUGGGCCCAUCCCGAGAGAACAGUGGUGCAGCAGGAGAGGCCUACAGCAUCAUGCUAAAUGACCGGGAAGGGACUCUGAGAAAGCCUCCUGCCAGACUAGAGUCUUUGAAAGAAAACAAAACACAACUCAGUAAAGAAGCGAUCGAUGAGAAAAUCCGGCUCGCAGAAGAAAGGCGAAAGCAAAAGGAAGAUGAGAUGAAGAGCCGUCUGAGAGCCAAGUCCGCCCUUGUCAGAGUCCCUGCCCGCUGUCCCAGCUCCGGGGAGGAGCAGGAUCCAAUAGAACAGCUUUUAGCACCAACUCAGGGCUCACAGCCAGCUGAAGAGGGCGCAGAGGCAGAGCGAGAGGCUACACCCAGUAGUCAUCGGUCUAGAAAUACUCAGGAGAAGCAGGAGGAGUCAGCAGAUGUGAAAGAAAGAGGCGAGAAUGACGUCGUCACAAUAACACAGGACGGUGAGCUCUCAGACUCCUCCGACAGUGACGUGAGCUUUCAACUUGCAACAGCUCAAGAUGAAAGAUUUUAA